AAUAGAAGAGAAGAUUAUGCUCCUCCCAUCUCAUUCUGCAGAUCUUACUUCAGCCCACAAAUCUGUGUUAACUUGUUGUGUAAUGUGGGGUCUGAAAUGAUCUCAAAAACUUCCCUAUUUAUUCCCAAAUUCCCACCCCAUUUCUCUUCAAUUCCCUCUGUCCCACCUCUACCCAUCAUGCUAUCAUCAAAUUAUUGCUCUAAUUUCAUGGCUGCUUCUCUUUUCCUCCUUGUUUUUGUUCUUGUGAUGUCUUCUAGUAGUAGUAGUACUACAGCUCAGGGUCCACCCUCCUCUGGCUACUACCUCACUUCCUCUCUUCAAUCCAACAGCUUUACUCAGUAUUUUGCAAACCUCUGGGGUCCUCAGCAUCAAAGGUUUGAUGACCAAGGCUCCUUAACCAUUUGGCUCGACAGUACCUCAGGUAGCGGGUUUAAAUCACUGCGCUCAUACCGAUCCGGUUACUUUGGUGUUGCUGUAAAACUCCAAUCCGGCUACACUGCAGGAGUUCUCACAUCAUUCUACCUUUCGAACAACCAAUAUUACCCCGGAAACCACGAUGAAAUCGACCUCGAAUUCCUGGGAACGACGCCAGGGAAGCCGUAUACACUGCAAACGAACGUCUUCAUCAGAGGAAGUGGAGAUGGAAACAUUGUCGGAAGAGAAAUGAGAUUCCAUCUCUGGUUUGACCCGACACAGGACUUCCACCAUUACGCCAUUCGGUGGUCUGCAUCAGAUAUCAUAUUUUUAGUAGACAACGUACCGAUUCGAAGGUAUACAAGAAGGAACGACGCAACUUUCCCAAUAAGACCAAUGUGGGUUUACGGUUCGAUAUGGGAUGCUUCCUCGUGGGCGACGGAGGAUGGGAAAUACAAGGUGGAUUAUCACUACCAACCGUUCGUAGCCAAGUACCGGGACUUCAAAAUAAGCGGUUGCACGGCGGCGGCGGCGUCUUGCAGGCCAGACUCCGGGGGAUUGAGCCAAGAGCAAUACAGAGCGCUGGAAAGGGUGCAGAGGAAUUACUUGGUGUAUGAUUAUUGCAAUGAUCCAAGGAGAGACCACACGCAGAUUCCUGAAUGCUAAAACCCCAUAAAGAAACCCAAGAAAUUCUAAAUUUUAAAAAUAUUAUAAUUAAACAAAAAAAAAAAAAAAAAGGUUUGAUGUGAGGUCUUGUGAUGGGUCCAGCUUCCUGAAAGAGGGUCUCUAGGAAUUAUAAUGCUACGUGUGCGUCCACGUCCCCAAGAAGAUUUAUGGUUUGUUAAUAUUAUUAUUAAAAUGCUAUUAUUAUUGUGGAAGAUUAAAAAAAAUAAAAAUAAAUUAACAGGAUUUCUUAAGAAUGUAUAUAUAAUAUAGUAAAUAUAAUGGUCACAAUAUUGGCGGUGUGUUAUGGGUGUAUAACA